GAAAGCACAUGGCUCUGAUCACGUGGUGUGUUGUGUGGUUCCCCUGAAUCGUAGCAGAGACGAUUAAAAUGCCAAAGAAAAACAAAGCAAAGGCAGUAAAGAGACAGAGUUGUGAUGAUGAGCAGCUCCCUCCUAAACAGAGCAGGGUAGAACCCACUGCGUCCCCUCUGUGCUUCGACAGCCCACUCAGCUUGUUCGAGAGCCUCAUCCAGCCAAUGGGCGUCGAGCAAUUCUUCCAGGAAUACUGGGAGAAGAAACCUCUCCAUCUGCAGAGAUCUGAUUCCGUCACAACCGCCUACCACCAGUCUUUGUUCCAGCUGUGUGACCUGCAGAGCUUGUGUUCUCAGGGUCUGGAGUUCUACAGGGACGUCAACGUUGUUCGCUACAUCAACGGCAAGAAAAAGGUUUUCAACAAGGACGGGCAGCUUAAAAGCAGCGUUCUCAAAAAGUUCUUGGCUGAGAAUAAGGCCACCAUCCAGUUCCACCAGCCACAGAGGUUCAAGGAUGAAUUAUGGAAGAUCCAGGAGAAGCUCGAGUGUUUCUUUGGCACCUUGGUUGGCUCCAACAUCUACAUCACACCACAACAGUCUCAGGGACUUCCACCUCACUAUGAUGAUGUCGAGGUUUUUGUUCUGCAGCUGGAGGGAGAGAAACGCUGGCUUCUCUACAAUCCCACUGUUCCACUGGCAGGAGAGUAUAGUUUGGAGUCAGAGGAGAGGAUCGGCAGCCCCACCCAUGAUAUUAUACUAAAGGCUGGAGAUGUUCUUUACUUUCCCAGAGGCACCAUCCAUCAAGCCAGCACUCCAGCUGGAGUGGACCACUCCACCCAUUUAACCCUCAGCACCUACCAGAGAACGUCAUGGGGAGAUUUGCUGUUGGACAUAUUUCCCAGCAUGCUCUAUGACAGCAGCAGGACUGAUGUCAGCCUGAGAGAGGGCAUGCCCCGGAGACACUUACUGGUUAGUGGUGACAGCCAGGACACCAGUAAACAUCUGGCCACUUGCCUCAGAUCGCUGGCUGAUGAAAUGGAGAGAGGGAAUCUCGACGUGCGCUCCACUCACAUGAAGAGAGACUUCAUUAUGAACAGACUGCCACCAUACAACCAGCAGGAGCUUGUACCAUCUGGGAGGAUUCCUACCUUAGAGGAUAAAGUGCGUUUGAGAUUUAAGGACCACAUGGUGGUAACAGUGGAGUCCAGCCAAGAGAGAACAGAUGAAGCCACCGAACUGGUCGUCUUUGUCUUACACUCUUUGAAAAACCAGAGGACGAGUCACAUGAUGGGCGGCAUUUCUGAUGAAAAUGAGGAGCAGGAAAUCUCGGCGGGCCUUAAAUUCCCUCUGUCCCACCUCCCGGUCCUUCGACAGCUCCAGCAGGCAGAGCAGCAGGCUGUGGCCGAGCUCCUGCUGCCCACAAAGGAGGCCAAACUCAGCCUGGUCAUCGCUCUCUGGAGUGAGAGCCUGCUCGUCGUCGUAUAACUCUCACCACCGUGUCAACAUUUCGCUGAAGUGACGUCAAAGAUCAUCACAUAUGGAUUUUUACAAACACUUCUUAAUUAAAGUUUCUUCUUGCCUUAUGAAUAAACUGCAUAGUAAGGCCAUAUUACAUACUCUGUCACAGUGAAGAGCAAUUUCAGGACAAAAAACUGCUCUAUCAAAGAUAAAUGGGAACCGGUACUGAGUUGGACAAAAUGAGUGUGGAUAAAAUCUGACAAGCAGUUUAUUUAAGAGCACAUUCUAAACGAGUGAGCUUAAAGAUCCCGUUUGUAAGAUUUGGAUCAAAUUAUGUCCAUAUGUGAAAAAUGGAGUAUAAAAUAAUUAUACACAUGG